AUUGAAAUAAAUGAACUUUUGCACAAUAUUCUAAUUUUUCAAGUUUCACCUGUAGGUGCUACUCUCAAUGCUGAUGAAAAUGAAGAUUUUAAAUACAGGUUUGAUCAAAUACACUAUGUAGCUUUGUACUGUAUCUUACUGUAGUUAGGACUUGCUUAGGAAUUUGAUCCAGAUUUCACAGAUUCUUUAUUAAUUCAACUAAUAUACAGACCCAUGAAGAUAGUUUUACAUUCUCAAACAGCUAUAUUAUGAUACAAAAAUCUGCACAUGGAAUUUGCUGACACUUAAAUUUGCAGACUUGUAGAAAGCAUUUUGCCUAUAUAUAAAUCCAUUUUGUGUGAUCGGUAAUUGCUUCAAGUCUCACAAAUGGAAUAGCAUAACUGUAAAAAUCAUUAUUUCUAUGAAUCUAGUCUGACACUGGAUUGAAACUCAUAAUUGGAACAUUGCUAGGGAAACUCCCAUCCCAUUUCCCAUUACUCUGAAGGUUAACUUUGAACAUCUCCACACCUGAUAAGAAUCUGUAAUGCGUCUGCCAUGUUAAAAAGCCACCAAACUGAUUCCACUGGCUUUUCCGCUGGGUUCUAUAAAUGUGGCUGUCUUGUGGACAGGUUCUCUGGAGCUGGUUGCUAUGAGCUAGUUGCUAAGAUACAUAUUGUUACUUCAGUUCUACACAUUCCUCCAAGUUCCUAACUUAAGGGAAUAAUUUAGUCCUCUGGGACACUACAAGGAUUCUGCUCACAGCAGUAAACCAAUCAAUAUCUUGACUGAGAAGAUGGGACGUCUCCCCUUAGGUGCCGUUUCUCCCUAUGUAAAAACAAGCUCUGGUGGAAGUAUGGACCCCAUGAAAUUCUAUUGCACCAGCUAUGGGGCAGCUUAUGGUCAGGAAGGCUUUCAUCCUCGGAAUGGCUUCCAUUUUGGAGCAGGAUAUAAAAGCAACUACCGGCCUGUUGUCCAAUACAACCCAAACCUAGAUAAAAUAGAUAAUCCAGCUGUGGGGAAACUCCUACAAGAUAACUAUGAAUCAACAAUCAAUAAACAUUUCCAGCCCCAUCAGCUCCCGGAUGGGAAGUAUCCUCUUCCCUGGAGUGUACAUCAGCCAGGCAGUGGGUAUGUUCGAGAAAAGCCUCUAACUUUUCCCACAACCAAAACAGUCAAAAGGGUCCAUUUUGAUACAGCCAACCAGGGACCUGAAGCUGUGAUAGGGCUGGAGCCCAGACAUGUCCCUGUGCUCCAUAAUACAUUUGGAAAAGGCUCAGUUGAAGCGGAAAAUGCAAGACACGGACCUCAGUUCAUGUCCACGGAGUAUGGCUCUAAGUACCACUUCAACAUUCCAGGGCAACCAGAUUUCCUCCAAAAGAAAACAAUUGGAGCCAAAGAAGAGUCAGGAUUUACUGAAGGCUGCCUUGCUAACCCCAUUGUGGAGAAACUAGCAUCACAGGACAGCAAUCCUGGAAUCAGCAUUAUGAAGGCAGAUUAUCUACCAUCUUCUGUUCCACAUGGGGAUGAGUUUCUACCAGUCCUUUCCAAAGGCUCUGAGCGGGGCUCUGGAUUUAGUCGGCAGAAGGAUCUUCGCCUUGGUUCUUCAGGACCCAAUGCAGAAGCAUCUGGGCCACUGAGCCAUUCUCAGUUCCAAGGCCAACAACGACAGCCUCAAACACAAACCAAUCUUGUAGGACGAGAGUAUGUGGGCAACAAGGAGCCAACGGGAUUCAGCACCAACAACCUUAAUUAUGUGACACCUGCGUAUGACCCAAAUCUGCCCAACAGGUUUUUGACUAGCUAUAAUUCCAAGUUUUAUGAAACCAUUUCAAAGGGAGUGGACAGGGAGGGCUGGACCCGAGGGGGUAUACAGCCUCAGCAAGCAGGUGGCUUUGCUACGAACAACCACGGAACUGACUUAGGAAGUGAUCCUAAUGCUACAGAGACCUUGAGGACUGUUCAUCCCCAUGUUGGCAGGACAAUUACAACUGUUGACCCAUUCUAUCGCGAUUCUCCCCAUGAUCGUCGCUUUGCUGCUCUUCAUCAGACAACUGUCCCCAAUUAACCUCUGUUCAGAAGUGAAAAGCACAAUGAUGUCUUUAGACUUCAAGGAACCACUCUGCACGCUAAGGAAGGAGCAUCACUAAUUGUACUGUCAUAACGAAUCUGUCUUAUUUUAUGUACUACUGUUUUAAAGAAAUUAAGACAUAUAUUCAAGCUAUGUCUCCUGUCCUAGAUUAGCACCUUGAAACAGGGAUUUAAAAAACCUUUGGGAUAGUUAUGGUUUUUAUAGAGUUUCUGCAGCUCUAUAGCUGUACAAACUUUGUGACAUGAUGUGAGUAUCUGACUAGCUGAGAGCUUUUUAUGUCUCUCUAACCACACAGUAAAGAUGUAAGGGCCUGUCCCCAUGACACUGCUUUCAUUUCAUCCUUAAUUCACAGUAGAAGCAGCUUAAAUUUAUAUUUAGCUCUUCCAAUUUUGAAGUGAUACUUUCCACCUUCUGGGACUUUUGUUGUGGCUGUAUAUUUUCAUGCUUUCUCGGUUACGUGGUUGAUGGUACAGCUGGGCUGGGAUUUGUCCAAUUCACUUAGCCACUGCAGGUUACUGUGAACAUGGCCCCUUCCCUCUGGUUGCUGGGCAUGGCCCUCCAUUGACACUUUGAUUUGGAACCCAGGACAGACGAGUUUCUGCAGAAGUACCUUAAAGUAUGCUAGAUCUACAGUUUCCUCCCCCCCAAAAAGCCCAAUUGACAGGUCAACGAUGCAGCAGAGGAAAGCUUUGUGUACUGGAAAGUAGCACCUUUCAAAAAACAAACAAUUGGCAGGGCACAGGCAUGGAGCACUUCUAUAUCUGUGAGCCACCAACCCAGUAACUUUAAAGCUAACUAAACUCUCCAUCCACACUUGUCUAAAUGCAUAUUAAGAGGUGAUUAUGAUUGCUUUUCCCGAUGGCAAGUUAAGCUUGGUAGGAGAGGAGAUGAAGCCAGGGAAAAUCUAUCAAUCCUUUUUUUUUUUUAAACUUUAAGAGCAGUACUUGAUCUUGUGAUGGAAGCACACUAGGGCUUGGCAGUUGGGGCUGCACAGAUUAUGCCAGCAUAUGUUUUGCUAGUUCAAGAACUAGAAAAAUGCAUGUGAAUGCAACCACAAAGAAGAACACUUAGUAUGCAUAUGCCACUUGCAACAUGCCUAGAUGUCCUGGUUUGGGAAAAAUUUUCUUUUCCACUUCCAAACAACUCAUCACUAUGUUUGUCCAAUCUUUUCUAAAAUCUGUUAGGGAAGAUCAAUAUCUAAGAUAAAAGUGCCACCUAUCUGUGACAUACUUCCUAUAUUAUUCUUACCCACUAUGUUCUGUUUGGUUCAGACUUUAUUAUUUAUAAAUUUUGGUCUUUAGUAUAGCAUGAGUCACAAGCCUAGCCAUUGAGUAGGUGAUGCUUGUGACCUGGUCAUAUAUGUAAGUGUCACAAAACCAGAAAGAACUGCAGAUAGCCAGAUUCUCUUUUGGGAGACUUUUCUUAUCACCCUUCUUCUAUCCUGGAGGCCUUCAUUUCUCAUCUGUAGUGAAAUGGUAGUUCCAUUCUGCUAAAAGUGAAAAGUGACGGAAUAUUAGAUCUAAUGCAAUGUGCCUUUACAAGUUGAACCUACCUAAUCUGUGACCCAUUGGGCCAGUGUUGAGAGAAAGGUAAUGCAGUCCGAUGUGACCAGAAUGAACAUUAAAUGCUAAGCCAAACAUAUUUUUUGACCCCAAUGUUGGAUGGUCCUGUGAUUAUCUAAAAAGAGUAUACAAUUAUUUUUCAUAAGUAGAAAAAUAAUUGUAGUGGCAAAUGAACUUCACUAAUAUAUCAGUAUUUACUAAUCUAAACAAAUGACCAGAAUGACCAUGGGUAGGCAAAAAAGCAGUGAGAGCAGGAGUUACUUCCAACUUCCUGCCAACUUCCCCACUGAGUUUCCUUGUGGGAAGCUGGCAGCAAGCAUCAGAAAUCACAAUCACUUGACUGCAGGGAUGCUACAACAUCCACAAUUUUGCAAAUAGAACGGGUCUGAAUAUUGUAGAAAUUUCAAUUCCACAGGUGAAAUGAAUCCUGGGUUUUUUUAAACAUAUUUUUUAAGUUAGCAGAUUUUAAAUACCUUGAUUUAAGAAUUGUUGCAGUUUAAUGCACUAUUUUAGCUAACUUGAGGGAACAAACAGACAAACAGAUAAACACAAGAGUUUUAGUACUAUAUAGAUUCAUUGAGGUACUAAGGAUAUAACUCCCUGAUCUCAAUCAUAUGCACGUACAGCAUACAGAGGUAGAAGGAUCUCUUGUUUCCCUGCACUGCAGGGUAUGAUGAAACAUAAUUCUUCUCUACUCCUCUUUGUGAUACACAAACUGACAAACCUGCCUGUAGAGUUAAGAAGACUUUGUUGAUUUCAGAUUUGAUGUAGUAAACAUUCAGAAGUUGCAGAAAGCAAAUCUGAAAUUAGAAUUCCUUCUGGUUUUUUGUGUGAUUCUUAGGAAAAAUUUACUCCUUGCAGACUUGAAAACUAAAGACACAGAAAUGCUAGCCCCACUAUCUUGUGUGCUGAAUUCCUUUUCAGCAUGGAAUAGACACUGUGGCUUACUUUACCAGUUAGGUGUAAUGCACACCAAUUCUUCUUUUGUUCUCAGUUUUCUAUCCAGUAAUAAUAGCUGCCAUAUUGUACUCUCUUUUUAUAUUUCCAUUUCUCACAUUUCUCCCAGUGGAUGAGUUUUCACUCUGGUGUAUGUUUCACGAGCUGGUAGUAUUGCUGCUGCCUUACUGGAAAACAUAGACCAGCUAUAUGUUCAGUGUGGGGUCAUCUGGCAUUUAAUCAAUUUUACACUGGACUUUGGAUUAAGAUAACACAUUAAUCCAACUGGAGAAAGGAGAAAUGGCUUACAAUGGUUGUACCCUUUGCCUAGCCAAUCCCAUGCUCUUGUUUUAGAAGUUAUCAUUUUUGCAUCUCGGUAUAUGCAAGAGCUGGGUUAGGUUUGGUUUGUAUGAGGGCUUCUGAAAUUAGGAAAGAAAGCACUGUGAAUUUCUAUUUAAAACAACCCAGUCUCCAUUAAAGUUAUGCCUCAGCUGAUUUUGUAGUCUCAAAAUAUGGUUUUUAAUAUUUCCCUUUUUUAAAGCUUCAGGAACCAUUCUUAUGACUUUUUGUUUUGUUUUGAAUGUUUCUUUAAUAAUUUUAAGGCUUUGCGAUAAGUGUAUAUUGCUUAUUAUCUAAUUUAAUUUUUAAUUUUAAUUUUUAAUUUUAUUAGAUUUAUAUACCGCCCUACUCCCAAAGGACUCAGGGCGGUGAACAGCCAAAAAGAUAAAACACACAGAUUAUAAAAUUUAAAACAGUAUAAAAACGUAUUAAACAAUUUGGCCCGAGACGAAUUAAAACAUCCCCAUAUUUAAAAACAGAUUUAAAAUUACUCAUAUACUGUUUAAAAGGGAAAGUUGGGCCAGACCAGCCUGUUGGAAUAAAAAGGUCUUGAGGGCGUGGCGGAAGGUGCGUAAAUCUGGGAUCCUCCGUAUCUCCGGGGGGAGCUCAUUCCAGAUAACAGGUGCCCCCACAGAUGGGGGCACCUUUCUUAAUGAAACUGUACGAUAAAUUCCACCUGCUGUAUCAUUAUUGCAAGAAAAGGGGAACAUUGCUACUCACUUAUCAUGUGUCAGCUAGCUCAUGGCCACACCUUCAUCAUGUUGACUUUACCAUCUUUUCAUACACCUUGCAAAAAUGUACUCUUGGCUAUGCUGUUCUGUCUGAGACAUACUCUCUCUGCUUUUUCCCUCCCACUGAAUAUCUGUGUUUGUAUUUUCCCAGAUGGAUUAGCUGUAUUUUCUGAAGAUAAGCAGUCCAUGCUGUCACUAAAUGAGUAGGGGGUUAUUGUCUCAAAUUGUGUUUUUGUCCACCAUGCAGUGAGUAGACAGGCUGGCAUGUUUUCCAUUUUGGUAAAAGCUUGUAUAAGAGUAAUAUGAUGAUGCUAUGGUUAUCUACAGAAUGGAUAUUUGAUGUGUGAUUAUAUUGCUGAUGGCAAUGUUGGAGCCUAAAAAGGAACAUAGACAUGUGGAUCAGCUCUAUAUUACUAACUGGCAAUUGACUCAACAGAGAGAUGCAGGCAUACAGUAUAAUUGGGAAAAAGAAUCCACAUCACCUUUUCCCAACCAUCUGGAGUGAAAUAAACGCAGAGCGGGUGUCACAAUGAUGUUACAAUGAUGUGUGUGUGUGUGUGUGUGUGUGUGUGUGUGUGUGUGUGUGUACCAAAAUAACUAGAAUACCAGUGGGGAUUGGUACCAAAAUAACUAGGUGGGGAUAGGCUGAAAGCUCCUGGGGAUGGGUGAAUUGAUUGACAUAAAUAUCUCUCUGGAUAUAGUCUUCUCAGAGUACAAUCUAUUCUGAUACUAAAGUUAAUUCAGAAAUGAAUUAAUUGCUCAUUUCUGUGGGAACUAAUUAAAGAUCUCCAGUAUUUUUUUCAGUUGCUGAAUGUGCAUGUGCCAUCAAUGUUGGCAUUCAUUUAUGGUUAUGGUUAUGAUCUGCUACUAUGGCAUGUUAGGCAGAUGUAAAGAUAUUUGCUUACAUAAAAGAUAACAUUUUACUUGCUUAAAUAAAAGAUAACAUUUACCCAAAGAAACAUCUAUUUGGGGUUACUGAUUCAUUAUGUACAACCCUAGGCAAGAAGACAUUAUAAUGAGGCUUCAUUAUUAAUUUGAUUUGCUGGGUUAUGGUAGUUCCAUAUCUUUAUGUUAGUAUAGCAGAUACUGUAGACUUUUAGCGACCUCUCUAAAUGUUGUAGCAGCAGUAGCUUCACAGCUACAGAAGUAAUUUAUGUGUUGGUAUCUGUGAUAAAGUAGUGUUUUCCUGUAUUAAGGCAGAAAGACUAGAGGCCAGUGUUUAUGUUACACCAGAUGGCUCACGCUAAAAUCAGAGGAAGAACAAUGUCAUGCACAGUAGGCUGUAAAUAUUGCCUUUUUCCAGAUUGUUGAAGCAGGUAGAAAUGCUUUGUCAGAUUGGUUAAGCAGAGUACUUUGUCAAGCCAGUCCAUGUGAAAAUCUGAAUGUGCUCUUGAUGGGUGUGUACAACCUCCUUGAUGUAUUUUUAGAGGGAAGGAUGCAGGAGUGUCCACAGGCAGAGUCAAAAAAGUCAAGAUGGUGGCCAGAACCAUGUAAUUGGUUACAUGGUUUUAUGGUUACAUUGCCUUUUUAAUGUGUUGUGACAUAAGGGGUAGUACGUUGAUUGCAUAGUUGUGGCCCCAUCUUGAUUUUUGAACUUCCUCUUGCAGAUACCUGGAAGGAUAGAUCCGUUCUGCAGAGAUUCCAGUUACUGUACUGUCACUACAAAACGAAGCAGGUUUCAACUUUGCAGCUAAUUGAUCUGUUUGAAAUGUGGACAGAAAGCUUUCUUACCAAAUCGUUUUGAACAAUUUGAGGAUAUGACUUCUCCAAUUUCCUUAACUGUAUACGAUAUUCAUUAUUAAAAUGAUGUUUCCAGUUGACAAAA